GUCAAUCGCACCAACGCGCCACCGCUGCUUGGAGCUAUCGACAAACGAAACGCCGGACAAACGACCAACUUCUUUACGGGCUGCGACUGGGACCAUCGAAAGCCCACCACCACGACAACCGGACGGACCAACGAGUCGACUCACCAACCCAAACACUUCUCGCCCCAGAUGUCUUCCCCGCGAACGCCGCUCCAUUCCCCCCAACCCUCCGUCGACUACUCGGCCGCCUCCUACGCUUCGUACUCGCCACAAGAGCGCCGUCAGUCCAAGGCGUCCUCAUUCAAUGACUCGUCCAUGGACCUAGGCAUUCCCGCCGGCGGCGCGGGCGCAGAGGGCGGGGGCGGAGGGCUGGGCAACCUCGCUGACGAACUGGCCGGUGCUUUCUCGGACGGCGAGGAUGAUUACGACGGGUAUGAGGAGGGGGACUACGACGACGAAGCGGCCGGCGAACAAGGAAGCGAAGGAAGGGCGCCGGCGAUCAAUCCCCAAGAACCGGCAGCACAGAGCCCUAGGAAAGAGGACGGCGUGAGGGAUAGCGGCGUGGACGUAGGUGGUAGCCCAUCAGGGGCUGGGAAGGGGCAUGACUCCAAGCGGAGUCUGGAACCCCCAACGCCGAACGGGCGGGGCCAUCGCAGGAAGGGCAGCGAGUAUGACGGGAGCGAGUACGGGAGCGAAUCCGACUUUGAGUCGACCGGGAUGCCGGCCAGGCUCAUAGAGAGGAUGGACGAGGUCGAAUCCCUCGCCCGUCGGGGGACGGAACGCACCGGCUCCGCGGCAGACGGCGCCUUCAAACGCGUGACCGAGGGGCUGCGCGAUCUGAGCUCUCAAGCCAACGUCGAAGGCAGCGCCACCAGGCUAAUAACCGCCCACACGGCGCUCACAACCCACCUCACCCACCAGACCCGGCAGCUGCACAACCUGACCUUCCCGCUCCUCUCCCCGCUGGCCGCCCCGCCGACCGAGGAGACGGUGGAGGCGCUCCUGCCGAUGCUGCUGACGCUGACGGAGCUGAUGCCGCGCCCGUCGGCGCCGGCGCUGCAGUCGCUCGCGUCGCUGCACGCGCUCACCGCCGACCUGGCCCAGACGCUCAACUACCUCUCGGACACGCUGCACAUGUCGCGGCAGACGACCACCGCCGCCGCCCGCCGCCUGCGCGCCGCCCGCGAGGUCGUCGCCGAGCUCCGCCGCGACGAGGAGCUCCGCGAGGAGGGCGAGCGCUGGCUCGCCCGCGGCGGCUGGGGCGAGCGCCUGGCCAGGCGCGAGUGCGCCCUCGUCUGCGGCGACGUCGUCGGCGGCUUCGAGAAGGUCUGCGAGAGCUGGCGCGAGCGCCUCAUGAAGCUGGACGAGUCCAGCCAGGCCUGACCGGGUCAACGUCUGUCUUCGGGGCAUCUUCUGGGCUGCCUUUUCUUAAACGGUCGACCAUUUGCGAAAGGGGAGGAAGGGGGGGAGGAAGCUCAUUUUUCCUUCUUUCUCUACGUUGUCUUUCUUUUUUUUUUUUAAAUUUGUUCUCAAAACCGGGUGGAUGUAUGCAUACAUGGCUGGGUGCGGCGUGGUGGACUAUGGCUUGUGGCGUGAUACAUAGCUAUUCAUAUAUACCACAGAUGGCGUUUUGGGAGAGAGGAUG